CGGGGGAGGGGAGAGGAUGGGGGGUGCUUCCCUCUUUGCGUCCCAAACAAAGUGUCACAAAGAGCUCGGCCCGCGGCAGCAGCGGAGGCGGCUGUAACUCAGCUUUUGUUCUCCUGGCCGGGGGUAGCUGAGCCUUGGUCUCCCUAUCUCCCAACCCUGCCCCCUAUCAUCCUUCUGGCUUAUCUUCCUGGGGAGGGGUCUGGGGUGCUGCUGGAAAAACCUCUCGGGCAGGAUUGCAGGUCCUACCCUACUUAGCAAUCUAUUUCUGGGAGGGGGAUUUUCCCAGAGGCUCCCUAGAUUGCCCCUACCUCCCAGUCUGAGGACUGAGGCUCACGUGGGUGCUAAGACUGACUUUUCUAGGGUCAGCUCCACUUAAAGGGACUUAGGGCUGGCUAAGAGGGGCUAUGCCCCUCUUUCCCAAACCCAGGUCCUCCAGAACUUUCAAAAUCAAAAUCGGGGUUGCGUUAGGACAUGCCUCUGGGAUAAGAUUCCCCAUGGUGGGAUGGCAGCAGGUGAGCAGGUGUGCCUUCCUCUUGCCUCCUGCUGUACCUUUGAAGUCCAUGGCUGAGGUUCCAUGUCCCCAACUCAGGAGAGUGAGGACAGAGGGAAGGAGGCUUCACCAAGAUCUCAGUCUAAAAAGGCUGGUGAGCUGCAGAGUGGAGUGGGUUAGGAGGAGCUAUCUGAGCAGUGAGGUUCAGAGGGCCAUGGAGAGGAGACCAUAAAAGUGAACUACUGGUGUGUCUGUGUGAUCAAGGUAGUCUUCAACUAGUCUUCACUGUAGACCGCCCUAGAAGCUCCCUUUCCUUUUAACCCCAUCUAGUGCAGGGGUAAUCAAAUUGUUAGCAGAUUUGGGAGGUGUAGGAUUCUCAAGAGGGAAAACUGUCAUGUUAGAGGUGACCAGAGGCAGUUACAACUGGGCCCCAGAAGUCCUGAACCCUUGCUCCUUACACUUUGACCCUAAAAACUUUUGAAUCACAAGACUUGAGGGACAGUCUUUGUGGUCCAUUUAGCAAAUACUUCUAUGUAACUGUCCUUGUCGUUUCUAAGUCUUUUCACCAACCAUUCUAUUCUUCUCUACUGAGUAAGGUUUAGUGGUCCACACCCACUUCCCUACCAGCUGCCCCAGCAUAUAAGGAUAAUUGGCCUAUUGCUUUUAAAAGGUUUCUGAUACCUAUCCCUGGCCCCGCAUCCUUAUAGAAUCCAAAUAAGGGCAAGAUAACCCCUGAUUCCCAGUGGGGGUGGAAAGUAGGUCAGUGCUGCUGUCUGGCCAAGUCUCGAGGAUGGUGUUUAAGGCCUGACUAUAGAAAACUCUGUGAUUAUUGUCCAGGGGCAAUAUAUGCAUGACCUCGGUUCCAAGGCAGUUCAUAGUACCCCAGUCCCUGUCAGUUCUUUCCCCUACUGAGAAAAAAUCAUGGGAUCAGGUGUCUGGAAUCUGGUUUGAUAUGGAGAUGAUUCAGGAGAUCUUGAUUGGGCCUAAGAAGGCAUCUCACUCCACAGCACCUGUUGCCUUCAUUAGCAGCUUUUCCUCCUCUUCCCUGCACUUCCCAGAACCAAAGAAUGUGAAGGGGGUCCAUGGAGAUCUUUCUCCACAGGGCUCACGUCCCCGCGCCCCGAGCGGCCACUUAGCGCCGUCGCCGCCGGCUUUCGACGGCGAGCUGGAUCUGCAGCGAUUCUCCAACGGGCCAGCCGUGAGCGCAGCGUCGCUCGGGAUGGGAGCGGUGAGCUGGUCUGAGAGUCGUGCAGGCGAACGGCGCUUCCCCUGCCCUGUAUGCGGGAAGCGCUUCCGCUUCAACUCCAUCCUUGCUUUGCACCUGCGGGCGCACCCAGGCGCCCAGGCCUUCCAGUGCCCUCACUGCGGCCACCGCGCGGCGCAGCGGGCUCUGCUGCGCUCGCACCUGCGCACACACCAGCCCGAGCGCCCACGUAGUCCUGCUGCACGCCUGUUGCUGGAGUUGGAAGAGCGCGCGCUACUACGCGAGGCCCGACUGGGGAGAGCCCGAAGCUCAGGGGGCAUGCAGGCCACCCCUGCCACUGAGGGCUUGGCGCGGCCCCAGGCUCCUUCAUCGUCCGCCUUCCGUUGCCCCUACUGCAAAGGCAAGUUUCGCACCUCGGCGGAGCGCGAACGCCACCUGCACAUCCUGCAUAGGCCCUGGAAGUGCGGCCUGUGCAGUUUCGGCUCCAGCCAGGAGGAGGAGCUGCUGCACCACAGCCUGACGGCCCACGGGGCUCCCGAGCGUCCCCUGGCGGCCACCUCCGCUGCGCCUCAGCCUCAGCCUCAGCCUCCACCCCAGCCCGAACCCAGAUCAGUCCCCCAGCCGGAGCCGGAGCCGGAGCCCGAACGUGAGGCAACCCCGACCCCAGCUCCUGCCGCUCCCGAGGAGCCCCCAGCGCCUCCGGAGUUCCGCUGCCAAGUGUGCGGCCAGAGCUUUACACAGUCUUGGUUUCUCAAGGGCCACAUGCGUAAGCACAAGGCCUCCUUCGAUCAUGCGUGUCCGGUGUGCGGCCGCUGCUUCAAGGAGCCCUGGUUCCUUAAGAACCACAUGAAGGUGCACGCCAGCAAGCUGGGCCCACUGCGUGCCCCGGGGCCUGGCCCCGGGCCUGUCCGGGCCCCCCAGCCUCCUGACCUCGGCCUGCUGGCCUAUGAGCCGUUGGGCCCAGCGCUCCUCUUGGCCCCGGCGCCCACCCCGGCCGAGCGCCGUGAGCCCCCGAGCCUCUUGGGCUACCUGAGCCUGCGAGCUGGCGAGGGCCGGCCCAACGGCGAGGGUGCUGAGCCCGGGCCCGGCCGCAGCUUCGGAGGCUUCCGCCCGCUGUCCUCUGCUCUCCCGGCCCGGGCUCGCCGGCACCGUGCGGAGGAGCCUGAGGAAGAAGAGGAGGUGGUGGAGGCCGAGGAGGAAACCUGGGCCCGGGGCAGGUCGCUGGGCCCUCUGGCUUCCCUGCACCCGCGCCCGGGUGAGGGACCGGGGCACUCUGCCUCUGCUGCUGGGGCCCAGGCAAGAUCGACCGCCACGCAGGAAGAGAAUGGGCUGUUGGUUGGAGGGACCCGGCCUGAAGUGGGCCGGGGCGCCACCGGCAAGGAUUGUCCCUUCUGCGGAAAAUCUUUCCGCUCAGCACAUCACCUCAAAGUGCAUCUGCGAGUGCACACAGGCGAGCGGCCCUACAAGUGUCCGCACUGCGACUACGCGGGCACCCAGUCCGGCUCGCUCAAGUAUCACCUACAGCGCCACCACCGGGAGCAGAGGAGCGGGGCCGGCCCCGGGCCACCCCCGGAGCCACCGCCUCCUUCCCAGCGGGGUUCGGCCCCGCAAUCUGGAGCCAAGCCGCCUCCGCAGCCUGCGACGUGGGUGGAGGGCGCCUCAAGUCCCCGGCCUCCUUCUAGCGGUGCUGGGCCGGGGUCCCGUCGGAAGCCCGCCAGCCCUGGGAGGACCCUGCGCAACGGGCGAGGCGGUGAGGCCGAACCCCUGGACCUGUCCUUGCGGGCAGGGCCGGGAGGCGAGGCCGGGCCUGGGGGUGCCCUCCACCGCUGCCUCUUCUGCCCUUUCGCCACUGGAGCCCCAGAGCUCAUGGCCUUGCACCUUCAAGUGCACCACAGCCGCCGGGCUAGGGGCCGCCGGCCACCUCAGGCUGACGCGUCCCCGCCCUAUGCCCGAGUACCAUCAGGAGAGACCCCUCCCAGUCCUUCGCAGGAAGGGGAGGAGGGCUCCGGGCUGUCCAGACCCGGAGAGGCAGGGCUGGGGGGGCAAGAACGGUAGUGAGCCCUCAGGGGCGAUUAGCUUAGUGAGCUUACCCCGCCGGAGCGGGGGAGCGCUAGAGGUAGUUGGGUAGAGAAGCCAGCAGGGGGCAGCGUGGGACCCCUAUCCCAGCCCCAGGCGGACCAGAGGUGGAAGGGGCGGCGGGCGUAGGAGGGUGGGCUGGCGGUACCCACCCAGCCCAAGGGAGUCACAGUGCCUUAGAAGUGGCAGAGGUGAGGGUCAAAGAACGGGGUCCCUGGGCUGGCAGAGAGGGUUUGUGUCCCUGUUGAGGAGCCACUCUGCCGGUCUUUGCUGGUCCAUAGGCGUGAGAGUUUAUUUUUGUAUAAGGGGUGAGGGUGGGGGGCACUGUACCCUUCUAGCCCCAUCAGGGGCCCUGUAGACGUCGCUAUUUUUGGUACGAUUCCUGUCAUCCCUAUUGCAGAGUCGUGUCCCCAAUAAACAGGUGUCUUGAGGCACAGGGCCCUGUGUCUGUCUGCCUACCUA